AUGCUUCAGGGACCACUCUCUUCUAUUGGGGUCAUUCUCCAGAUGCCCCCUCUCAUCUUUUCCAGGCCCUUCUCUAGGAGCUUUCUUCUCUUUACUCUGGCUGUCACCUUCCUGAUUCCGAACCUAAACUCCCCCUUUUCUUGUCUUCCAAAUUUCCUUGCUGAGAGAAGCAACAAAAUGUCCAAGCGUCUGCAGAUGAUGAAUACACGUUAUCAAGAAUUGGAAAAACGGAGACACUUUGAAGUGGAAGGAUUUAAGAAUGAUAUAAAGAAUUUGAGAAGCAGAUUAAAAGAUGUAGAAAGACAACUCUAUAAGGUAACACUGGGCUUAGCAGAAGAAAUGGAUGAAAAACGACCUGAUGAUCUGGACUUGAGAAUCUUACGAAAUGUUCGCCUGUCAACAGGACGUUCUCAGAAAAUAAUGGGGGAGUUGAAAAAUCUCAAAUCUAAAUUGAAUUUAUUUUGGCUCAGAAUUUUCUUUCGACUUGAAUUUUUGAAACAAUUUUUCCUCCUUUUCCACUUUUCAAUUUCAAGUGGUUUUAUUCCAUUAACUCUUUCCACCUGCCAACAAUAUUUUACUCAUUUUCAUUCUCUCUCUCUCUCUUAG